AUGCCGCAGACUGUAGCAUGGCUAGUCGCCGUCGCCACCGUCGCCGUCGUCCUGGUCACCGGGGCUGUCGUUGCGCAGCCUCCGCCGCCACCGACUGACGCUGCCGAGCCUCCGCCGCCCGGCGCCACGCUCUCGGGCGCUGCUGUUGCCGCUAUUGCGCUCUCGGUCGCACUGGGUCUGUUGUGUGUGGUGGUGGUGGUCUGGCGCGGUGUACUUGCCCACCGCGAGCGAAAGGCUGAGCGGGCAGCGCGGGCCAAGGCCGCCGCCGCAUGCCGCUAUGAGGCCGGGCGCUCUCGGUCUGGCCGCCACGACGCUCGCCACCGCGAUGCUGGUCGCCACAGUGGCACCGCCCAUCCAACCCCAUCGCUGCUCAAGGUGACGCCGCCAUCGGGCUCGGUUGCGCCGGACGCGGCCUCGGGGUGUGGCGCGCACCGCGGGAUCAAGACGCUGUCAUCGGGCGGCGAGUCGGGCUCGUUUGCCGAGGGUCUCGCCAAGCGCGGUGGCGGGGUGCCACCGGUGCCUGGCUUGCUUGUCAUUCCGCCGUCGCCGGCGGUAGGUGCCAUCAGGGCCGGUGACGAGCCGUUGCCGGCGACAUCGCCCACGGACACGCUCACGGUCCGGCGCGGCCCGCCACGAUGGCCGGCGGCCGCAGAGACGUCGGCGGCAUCGACACCGUCGUCAAGCCUGCCGAUGGCAACGACGCCGACGCCUACGGCGCAUCGUGAUUGGUUUAAUGCACCGGCACACAUGCGCGACUCGUUUGAGACUGCGGCACGCGGCGGUCGCCAUCGCAUGCCGACCAUCCCGCGCGAGCUAGGCAAGCCCUCGCCGCGAACAGGCUGGUACAAGGUGACCGACCUUGCGGCUGACUCGCUGAUCACCACGGUCUGGUUCGACUUUGACGAGCGGAUGAACGCGUGGUACUGGAGCCCGUACGGCGAGGCCGAUUUUGAGUGCUGGAUGUGUUGCAACAAUGCGUGCGUCCGCCGCGGACGCCUCGUCGGCGUCUCGCCCAAGGGCACGCUCAUGGCGCUCAUCGGCUACCUCUACCGCAACAACCCGACUCCGCCCGGCCGCCAGCCGGUCUCGGCCCACAACCUCAUCCGUGCACACCGCAUUCGAGUCCAGCUUCAAGCCCAGGUCCGCGCCGGCGAGACCCGUCGAAAGGCCAUGCUCGCCCGCGAGCUCGCCCGCGGCAAGGCAGCGCGCGACCUUGCCCGCAAGGUUAGCAGGCCCGAUCGCCCGCUGGACUCGGCCCGCUCAUCGACCCCCUGGUCCGACUCGGACAAUUGGGACUCGGCCCGCGAUCGGUCGUCGUCCGUCUCCGAUGUGUGCUCGGCAGUCUCUUCGGCGGUCUCCGGCUCGUUUGGCGCCCAGACUCGACGUGACUCGUUUGUACAUGCUCUUUCCGGUCUCGGCUUUGAGGUCGCCGUCUCCAAUCCGCAUCCCUCGCUCACUCUCGCCGACAUUGACACUGUGGUCUUGCGCGGCGUCUCGUACACCAACGUCGAGGAGCAGGAAGUUGCGCCGCUGAGCCCAGCUGCCACACAACAGUCUCGGUCGCUGGCAGCGAUCUCUACACCGCGAGUCUCGUCGCCGCUAGCUUCGCCAGCCAACUUGGGCUCACGCGGCUCGACUGGCAUGUCUACUACAGACUACGAAGAAGUCUACUCGUACUACUCGGACUACGAUGAAGCUGGGUGA